AUGUCUUUAGUAGUUUGGCAAUUAAUUAAUACAAAAACUUAUGCCAAACUUGUCGGUGUGGAAUCUUAUAAGCACAACAAACGAUUUUAUGAAAAAUCUGGUGACCGUUCUGUGGAAACACUUAAGAAGUGGGGACAGCUUACUUGGAUUGGAGAAGAUCGAUUGCAAUGUACCAAGCAGGAUAUAAAGCGAACCAGCGCUUUCAAAAGAAAGUUCGUAAAACACAAGAAACACAAGACAAUACAGAACAUGCAAAUACCGAUUGCAAUUCAAAUGGGUGAGACGAAGGCUGUCGAAGAAAUUCAAAUGAAAUUAAAUAACAACAAAUACGACAAAUAA